AUGAGCCAAAGUGCAAGCUCCUCCGUCAACCCACAGGAAAGCGAUGAUUUUAAGUUGCUCCAAACUUUGAUCCAAAAACAACCCCAAGAAGUGCAAAAUAUGAUCUACACGCAUAUUAACGAUCCCAAGACCAUAUUCAUCGUCCAAGAUUCGAACUAUAGGGGACCUGAAGAGCCCGCCAUAAUCAUCGAAGUCGACUAUCAUUAUGUUCUACCAGUUGGACUCAGUGGACGAGAAUCAGAUUCUUACCGCCGCGUGCUGACUCUGAGCAAAUAUACGCGAAUUCUGUCCGAGUCAAGUCCAGGUUCUUGGAUUUACUUUAACUUCGAGAAAGAAGCUUUGGCUAUUGACCACCGCGCAGCUUCAAUUGCACCCCCUGGUAGUGUCAGAUGA